AUGGCUUGCGAUUUGGGUUCAGCUGAGCUGCAGAAGUUACUUGGACGACAGUUGACCAAACCGGAAACUCCUGAGCCUCCAAAAUUGCCAGGUGCAACACCAUCACAGCAAUAUCUGCAGCAGCAACCUCCGCAGCAACCUCCGCAGCAACCUCCUCCGGUGGCGCAUGGCUACAACUCGCCAGCAGCUCCUCAGUAUCCCUAUCAACCAACCCCAUUUGGGCCUCCUGCGACGACUUCAUUAGCGCCAGCAAGAGAAGGUCAGAAUGGCCAAGUCCAGCCUACGGCCCAAUACUCUGUGUAUCCUGGAUAUCCGCCGUAUGGAAUGCCACAGUAUGGAUAUAGCGGCUAUCCACCGCCAAAUAUAGCCCUGCAAUAUCCUCCUGGUCAAAAUCCGCAACAAUGGGGACAGACAUACCAACCCCCUUCAACCCAGGCGGCAUCUCAAUAUCAAGUCCAUCAAUAUCAAGCCCAUCAACCGCAUGCUCCACAGCAGUAUGCUCAACCUUAUCAAUAUCCUCUGCCACAGGCAUACAAUCCAGCUGGAUAUCCCUUGCCACCGCCCCCGCUGACAACUCCAGCUUUCCAUGCCCCGGUACCCAAUGCUCCACUGGCGCAUGUGUCAACGUCACCUCCGGCUCCCGCUUCGGCUUCCACCCCAGAUCCUACUCCAAAUAGGCUAGUUUCAUACACACAUCCUCAACCUGUGCCGCCACCAUCCCAGAGCCUAAGUCCGCCUACAAAUGCCGCCAUGAGCCAAACCGAACCGCCAGAGGACUCAUACUUCCCACAAAUUCUUGGAUCUGUCUACCCUGGACCAGAGUACGUCUCAACCGUGCCGAACGAUCCCAAGGAUGCAAAAAAUCCAGCACCAGUGGACUUUCCUCUGAAGAAUGAAUCUCGUGGGCGUUCGCCGCCACCACAGUACUCUUCUCAACCAACUCCUGACCCCGAUGCAUCCAGGCUGACCUCUGCCAUCGGAUCUCUCGCUCUCGAUCUGCCUGGAAACGCGCCAAUCCCGACUGUCGGACAUUGUCUCGCUCAUCUCGAAGUCCUCGAAUGCUUCUACAACCUCCGCGAACACGUCUCCAAAACCGAUGACCUGUUCGGCUUCCCAGACUCGCUUGCACGGCCUAUCAAUGAAUGGGAUGACGCCAACGAAGUGAGAGAAAUUGACCUCGUUCAAGAGAAGCGCUGGGCCGUUUAUGUCACUCGCGCUGUCGAUCGCUUCGAGGCAUGGUGGGCGCGUUGUGCGCCUGCAACACGAUGUGGUCAGCCAGCGCGGAAGUUGAUGCAGAUUGAUAUGGAAGGUUCUGGGGGGAGGUUGUUCGAAGCAAGUUUCCAGCAUCGGUUUCAAAUUCCGUUUUCAGCUGAGCGGUUGCCGCCUCUGGAUGUGCUUAUGGUCUGGCAUGCCUAUAUGCUCAAUCCUCGCUCGUUUGCUGAAGACUGUGUGCGACUGGGCAAGAUGGACUUUUGGGCUCUUGGAUUCCCGUGGGAGGCUAUCAAUUCUGCAAUUGAUUCUAACACUCUAGAAUAUAGACCUUCGUUGGCGGCAGUCCAGGCUUUUGAGGGCCUGACGAGACGCAAAUGGGAUAACCUUGCUGAAUCUGAUACGAAGAAGCUGAGCUGUGCGAAGUGUCGGGCCAUUCUCGACGUUCCUUGGGCCUCGAAACGCGAAUCACUGAAAGAGGGCAUUGCGUAUGAACUGAAAGAUGUUCUUGGCGGUGGAGAAGGCUUCGCAGAGCCCAACUUCAAGUUCAAGUGUACUGGCUGCAGCAAUAUCAUCAACCACAAAUAUCUGGAGUUCGUUAAGUUCAAGACAGACGUCGAAAAUCUUGCGUCAAAUGAUACUCCUUUGCCAGGGACAAUCUUGUCUCUCAAGGGACUGCCCGAGAUGGUCAAGGUUGCCCCUUUGGCGUCGAACAACUUGUUCCCUAACUCUCUGAUCAAGCAAAUUAUGCUUAAGGACAUUGACAACCUAGGAAAGAAUGGCAACGCUGGUGGUGAUCUCGGCAUGGAUAAGGUCACAGCUCUGAUCACUCCUGCAAUCAGGCAAGCCAACAAUGCCAAGAAUGCAAAAUGGGGGAAUGCCUUGACGUACUCGGUCAAUGGUGUCCCAAAGAAGGCUAAUCUAGUUCGCAAGCCAGCGAGAAUCGCAGUUAGACGUAUGAUGGCACGAUACUACGGCAAUUCCUCACCUUUUGCUCUAGACUUAGCCGGCGCAGUUAUUCGACAGGGCCAAUUCAUCCAAAAAAUGCAUAAAAUCAACUGGCUUCACGCCCCAACCACGCGCGACAUUAUGCAACGUCUCAUCGUCAAAUAUGAGCGCUUCUUCUCCCUCUUCGCCCAAUAUCCCGGCAAAACCGUCGUGCCAACCCUCGACGUCGACCUUGCGUGGCACACACACCAACUGUCUCCGCCCCACUACUAUGCCUACUCUAUGCGUCUGACCAGCGGCAAGAGCUUCAUCGACCACGACGAUAAGAUCGAUGAGUCGAAACUCAGCAACGCUUUUGAGUGGACUUCGAAGGUGUAUCAGAAGAAGUUUGGAGAUGUGUAUUCGGAAUGUGCGUGCUGGUACUGCGCCGCAGUGCGCGAGUCGAACGACACAAGUGCGUCGUCGAAGAUAUUCGGUCGAAAGAAAGGGUCUGUAUCGGCGCGUGCGGAUGAGGCGAAUCUGCAUACUGAUCCGUAUACUGCACCGCAUAUUUCGACGCACAGCGCGAUCCGCGUCCCGCAACUAGCGGCUGAGCGUGGCGAGAUGAUGAACCGGCUGCAGCGUCAGCAUGAUGAGGCGUCGCGGAAAGCGGCGAAGAGUGGGAAGAGCUCUGCGGCGAACAAAGUCAUGCUUUAUGGCGCGCUUGGCGCGACUGCCGCGCUGACGGCUGGAGUGUUUGCGUUUACGCCGUUUAUGGCGUAUGGCGGCGGUGGUGGUGGCGUUUACGUGGCCAGCCCGGCCUUUGUGCGGGCUCUGGAGCGUGUGGUGGCGGGGGAUCAGGUGCGUGUGGUGGCGGGGGAUCAGGUGCGUGUGGAAGUGGAGGAGGAUGUGGCGGCGGCGGGGGUGGAGGCUGUGGAGGCGGUGGUUGCGGCGGUGGAUGUGGUGGUGGUUGAUUUGACAGAUUAUCAUCCAACUUUCUGCUUUGUUUUCUCAGGUUAGGGAUGAGCUAAAGUGGGUGAAGUACAAUUCAUGCCGUCCACUUUUCCGGCACCUCAGCAUAGCCAAGCCGAAUUUGAUGCAUGUUGCUUUGAGCCUUUGUAUCCAUAAGGCACAAACGAACCUGGGUCGAAAUUCCUGAUGAAGUCGUUAGGGGCAGAUCCGCAACCGAGCCGCUGAAGUACUGCAAAGCUCUAGAUGCCUGGGAGACUGCAAGGGUUGCGGCUAAUGCCAAUGCAACAGGAACCAUCCCAUAAUGCGCAUAUUAUCGCUUGCUUGAAAACUGCGUCAGCGAGUCAAUGAGUUGGUAUAUCUAAGAACAAAGUUCUCGCCCGAGCGUUGCACAUUAGCGGGUUAAGUGAUAGGCCCUAAUUAGCUCAACAUCGCCAAU